AUGUUUAACAAAAGUGCCUGCGACGCUCACCUGAAACUGGACCACUCGCCAGGUUCAACUUAUCUUAUAGCAAUUUGCAACAAUGAAGAGGGUGCUGGAGUUGAGGACGAUAUUCUCCUCGAUAAGCACAUCGGGAACAAAGAUGACUCAUCGCAUUCGACAUUAGGACACUUCGAUUGGAAUAGCUCAGGCUUCAGCACGGGCGCACGAAACAUAAGCCUUUCUACGGAGGGUCCGGAGCAUACACCUAUCCUCCAUUCCGAGCUCAGGGACUCAUCUGGACACUUCAUCUCAAAUGAUCUCAAUCUGGCUACACAUAUUGCAAACAUUGAUGGAAAACUCGUUUACAAGGACGAGGAGAUGUCUUGA